AUGAAUUCAUUUAUGAUAUCAUCUCUAAUGAAUUCGCAAACAUCAUGUACUAACAAUACUAACAGUACUUGUAAUACAAAUGUUAUAGUAAAUUUGAAUUCGAUUCAUUCGAUGUUCACUGAUCAACAGUAUGAAAAUAUUUUAAUGAAUCAUAAUAAUAGUAAUAAUAAUAAUUAUAAUGAUGUCCCUAUCAGUAAUUUAUAUCAAAGUAUCAAUUCUUCAGAUUAUUUAAAACAAAUUGAAUGUAUUUCAUAUUAUAAAAGUUAUUUACAUUUAUUUUUAACAAAAUUGAAUCAACAGUAUUCAAUGUCCAAUAGAUUGAUACUUGAUCAUUUACCCUGCCAUGUAAAUAAGAAUUCACAAGAAUCGGAAAGUAUUCAUAUCAAUACGAGAGAAGAAUAUUUGAAUAAAAGUAUAAAUUCAUCUGGAAUGGAAUCAUCCUCGAUUGAACACAAUGAGUUCAUUAAUGAUUUACCAAUCAAUCAAUUCAAACAUCAUGAUGUUCAAUGUUUCAGUGAUAAAGAAAAUUGUUGUAAUAAUAAUAAUAACAACAAUAAUAAUACUUUUCAAGAAUUUAAACAAGUCAGCAGAUGCAAUCAAUUAAAGAAAUCAAAAAAUCAUUCUAGAAAUCGUACAGCAUUCACAGACUAUCAGUUAAUAUGCUUAGAACGUGAAUUUAAUCAAUUAAAAUACUUAUCACGUAUUGAUCGAAUCCAGUUGGCGCAAAAUUUGAAUUUAAGUGAAAAACAAGUGAAAAUAUGGUUUCAGAAUCGUCGUGUUCGUUGGCGGAAAAGAAAAUCCUUGGAAUCGAAGUAAGAGGAAAAACGAAUGAUGGAAAAAAUUAUUCGAAUUUUUUUCUACAGAAAAGUUUUUCUUGAUUUUGUAAAG